AUGUCGAGUGACGAAGAGUCGUCCGUCUCCACGCGGGCGUCGUCGAGGAAAGGAAAGGCCAAGGCGACAAAAGCGGACCUUCAAGACGACUCCUCUGAAGUAACUCCCUUGCUGUCCGGGUCGGCCUCCAUAACUCGAUACGAUGGCGAGGAGCACGACGCCGAAGAUAACGAUGCCCAACCUGAAGCUACGUCACCGCGCAGUGCGGACGACCGACCUUCAUCCUCACACUCGCUAAAGAGCUACUCAUCAGCCGGAUGGCCGUCCAUUGUCGCCGGCGUAAUAUUAAUAUCCAUCACCAUCUCCAUAAUGCUAGUAGCCUUCUUCGUUCCCGCCGCGGUCGAAGAAUAUGCAAAGCAGGCUGCUGUACUGGAACCGACGAACCUAUCACUUGAGUCUAUCACGGCGACCGGAGUGCGAGCGAGGGUGCAGGCGAAUUUCCGUCUCGAUGGAUCGAGGGUACGACAAGACGGGCCUCGGCGUAUCGGCCGCGUCGCCACCUGGCUGGUCGGCUCCCUCGGAACCGAGAAAACGCUGGUGGGCGUUUAUCUUCCCGAGUACGACAACAUCUUGCUGGGAACUGCUAUCCUACCGCCCAUGACUAUUAGUGUCACCGACGGACAUAGCACGUCGAUCGAUAUCAUUGCCGAGCUGGCUCCCGGCGAUGCGGAUGGCAUUCGAUCGGUCGCCAAUCAGUGGUUGGAAGGAAAGCUGGAUAGAGUCAGACUCUUGGGGAAGGCUGAUGUCUCGCUCAGAACUGGAGUGCUCCCUCUCGGCACGCACUCUGUUGUUGAGUCGUUUAUUGUUGAAGCGAACAAAAUGCCUGAAUUGCCACCGUAUAAUAUCUCUCGACUCACCUUCAGCGAUAUUCCUGGAUCCGCGCCCGAUAAGAGGGCCGUCGGUGCCAAUGUCACCAUUUUGUCGUACAACAAGUACCCAGUAGAGCUCGAUGUACCCGAGCUCGGUUUUGAGGUGCUCGUGCCCAAUUGCGCCGCCGCAGACCCCCUCAUUCCAGUUGCCCUGGCCGUUACGGAACCUCUGCCCAUCCGUGCCAACUCAGAAGUUGCCAUUGAUGUUCAUGGCGCGAUCGAAGAACUUCCAGAGUCUCUUAUUCGUGAAUGCCCUGGAUCCGGCUCCUCUCCGCUAGAUGAUUUCAUCCACCGUUACCUCAAUGGAAAGCCGGCCAACGUGGUUGUCAGGGGCAGAAAACUCCCCAACUCGGACACUCCCGAGUGGAUUGGGGAGCUUCUCUCGAGUCUUGCCAUCCCGGUACCGUUCCCCGGCAGGUCUUUCGACGACCUCAUCAAGGAAUUCUCGUUGACCGAUGUCGAUUUUCAACUUCCAGAUCCACUGGCUGACCCGGAUUCCGAGGACGCGGACCCGACCGUCUCAGGGACAAUUCGCGCUGUUGCUGCGCUGCCCAAGGAACUGAACCUGGAGCUCAACGUUACGAAUAUCAAGGCCACAGCCGAUGUUUUCUACAAAAAGCGGCCGUUCGGAAAGCUUCGAAUCAAGGACUGGCAACACGCGAACUCGACAAGAUCCGACGACCCUGCUAGUGGCGAGGCUUCGCUGAUCAUCAACUCCCGUGUAGAGGACGUGCCUCUCAAUAUCACGGACUCGGACGUAUUCACACAGGUUCUGCAAGCCUUGAUCUUCGGCGACAAGGAUGUCCUCCUCGAUAUUAAGGCCCUCGUGGAUAUCAAGGUGGAAACGGCGCUCGGCGAGCUCGUGCUCAAUAAAGUUCCCACCGAAGGGAAUAUCCCAGUAAAACAUUUGCCAAAGGGCUCGCUGACCAAGCUACAUCCGAGUGUGGACAAAGUCAGGGUGCUGAAGACGACGGAGGAUGCGAUUCACAUUGAAGCAUACGUCAAUGUGACGAACCCGACACCGUACUCUGCCUACAUACCUUUCUUUACUGUCAACGUGAUUAAGAAUGGGUCCGUCAUCGGGGAUGCCACUAUUCGAAAUGCGCGGAUUGUUCCAGGCAAGAACGAGAACCGACUCGUGUCUGCAGUGUGGGAACCAGCACGGGGCGGUGCGAAGGGAAGGAAGAUCGGUGUGGAUUUGAUUUCAGGAUAUCUUUCGGGAGAGAACAUCACAAUCGCCGCCAAAACCCACGGCGGCAGCAUUCCCUCGGCGCCUUUGAUUGGCAAAGCACUUUCGAAACUCGACAUCGAGGUAUCGGCGCCAAAGCUCAAUCUUCCAUCCGACGACCCGGAAGACAAGAAUAAGUUUAUUCGGGACGCUACUUUCCAUGUGUUUUCAUCUACGGCGACGUUUACGCUCGUCUCGCCUUUCGAGUAUAACACCUUGCUGCUCGAAUGGGUCAACGCAACUGCCUACUACAACCACACUGAGCCCGUCGGCCAUAUCGAGUACGGCGAUUCCUUUGCCGUGCCUCCCGGCGCUACGAAGACGCCGCGGCUACCAGUGCGGUGGUCGGCAGACUCGAUUGGGUACGAUGCCGUUCGAAGGGCUCUCGGCGGUACGUUGAAACUUGAUGCCAAAGCGGAUGUGACUAUCAGAUUGGGUCAGUAUAGAGAGACGGUGUGGUACAUUGGCAAGAGCAUCGGCUCAAAGAUUCGUCCUUGA